AUGCAGUUUGGACACCUCGCCUCCGUCGCAGCAUUGCUGACCGCUAUCAUCGCCUCUCCUAUCAUGGGAGGCAGCAACGCCAUUGGCAUUCUCGGCCGCCAGACCACUGGUAACAAAAGCCCAAAGUUCGAAGACUAUGAAGUUGUCAAACGUCAAACAACCGGCAACAAGAGCCCGAAGUACGAGGAUUAUGGAGUUACGAAACGUCAGACAACCGGUAACAAGAGCCCAAAAUUUGAUGACUAUGAAGUCACCAAACGCCAAACAACUGGCAACAAGAGCCCAAAAUACGAGGAUCAUGAAGUCGUGAAGCGUCAAGCCACUGGCAACAAGAGCCCGAAGUUUGAAGAAUACGAGGUUGAGAAGAAAUAA